AACAAAUGCAGCGGAGCGGGGUUCUAAAGUAGUAAUCUAGGCAUCAUUAAACUACCACUCUACGCCUUUGAUAUUUAGAAUUUGGUAUCGGCAUCUGAGGCCAGAAAGAAGACAGCAUACAUCCACGUGCCAUGCCAUCUGCAGACGAGUUCGAGCUGUAUGACCUUCGCGUCGAGGUCGUCUGCCCGCCGGGUGAACGUAUCCUCUGUGGUGCGCGAGAGGGCGAUUAUUUUACGCUGCAGGGAGAAAUGAUGUAUUUACCGCAUGGUCAAGGUAUAAGCAUAUACAGCCUUUCAUCUGUCUUGCCCCUACUGGCUGCAAAGCAAAGAAUGACAGACAAAAAUGACUGGAUGACAACAGACGCUCUGAUCGCUUGCCCGGAUCCAAAUUGCAAGUCUCAGUUGAAGAUCAUCCGCACUGGGAUUCGCAAGUUUAAUCACUCGGAAACGACCGCUGUCCCUUUAACGAGAGAGGAAUGAUGGUACCGAGGUGCUUCCCCAUACCCACAAUCACACCAAAAUAAAUGCGGAGAGGGAUGGUCUUUAUCCUUGCUUGUGGAAUUCUGUCUUGUUUACUCUGAUAGUAUAACUACAUAACCAUUCGAACGAAUAAGCCUGGAGCCGUCUCUUGUGACAACUGCAUUCUAGUGUGCAAC